ACAUCAAGCGGACGGGCAUUCUCUUCCUUAUUAUCAACUAGGUUCACUUCUGUCGCAAUGACUGCACUGGCAAGCUCCCGCAGGCGCGGCGUGCCGGCGGCUGGAGCGGCGGCGGCGCAGCUGCCGCGGCUGCUGCUACUGGCGGCGGCGGCGGUGGUGUUGUGCCCCGGCUGGGUGGCCGCACAGCCCUCUGACCCCCUGGAUCAGCUCGUGUCACAGCUCAACACUACUGCUGCUGCUGCUGCUUCCCCUGUUGGCUCGUUCACGCCCGCCGGCCCCCCUCCCGGCUGGCUGCGCGGCCGCACCACCUACUACGGCGGACCCGACUUCUUGUCGGCGGCCUACGACCCCGCCCGAGGGGAGGGCAGCUUCGGCAUCCUGACCUUCGGCUCCUGCGGCUACACCAACACGCCGGGCGGCACCCUGCCCUUCCCGCGCGACGCCGUGGCCGCCUCCGCCGACGCCGACUACGACUACCCGGGCUCCUGCGGGCGCUGCUACCAGGUCAAGUGCGUCGACGGGGCCGUGGCAGCCAACUCCACCUCCUAUGUGCGCAUCACCAACGGUACCUACGACGGCGACCGCUUCCGGCCCUACCUGCCCGCCAUCAAGGUGGUGCGCGACACACGCAACCGCACCUGGCCCGGCAAUCCGGGGGAGGGCCAGGGUCUGCAGGUUGUCAAGUGCUGGGACACAAACAAGGUGAUCACUGUGCGCAUCAUCGACUCCUGCCCCUGCCGCCAAGUGCUCAAGGAGGGUGCACCCGGGGUGGCCAAGGGCGGCGAGGUGCGGCGGCAGGAGUGGUGCUGCGGAGGCCAGAACCACUUCGACCUGUCCUACUUCGCAUUCGAGGACCUGGCACACCCGGUGUACGGCGUGAUGGGUGUGGACUACCGGCCCGUGGACUGCGACUCGGGGGCGCCGCUGCCGCUGCCGCCCGCGCCCGGCUACGUCAGCACCACCGUGUACGACGGCGGCAUUCGGCCGGGCUGGGGCUGGUACACCUACUCCGCCGGGUCCGCGGACCUGGCAGUGCCGGGCGCGGGUCUGAGCAACGACUCCGCCACCUGUGUGCAGCUGUCCCCGGGCGGCGGCCUCACCUUUCGCUGCCGCGCCUGCGGCAUCACACCCGGCUACCAGCCGUUCGCGGGCGCCUCGGGCCUUAGCCUGUGGAUCCGGCCCAACUCCAACUCCUCCGACCCCUUCGCCUCCUCCACGCCCAACAACACGCUACCGCCGCUCAAGCUGUUCGUCACCAGUGACGACCGCGACGCACCCAACGCCAACGGCACCAUCCGCUACUGCUUCAACGAGGUCUACUUCAACAGCACGUCGCCCGCCGCCACGCGGCCAGUACCGGGCUCCAACAACACCUGGUACCAGAUGAGUGUGCCGCUGUCGGCGUUCAAGUGCGAGGGCGCCGUGGCCACCGAGCAGCUGAACCGCUUCGACCUGCAGAACGUGGCGGAGCGGGACGCCUUCUUCUGCCUGGACAAGGUGGCCAUCACCGCCGCCGGUUCAGGAGGUGGAGGUGGAGGCGGAGGCGGAGGCGGAGGCAGAAGCAGCAACGCCACCGGGAGCUGAGGAGCGGUAGCUGAUGAGUCCAUCAAGCAGCCAGCCAUGUGAAGUGCAGUUACAUACUAUACGGUGCGCAUGGCGGCACGCAUAUUAAAAGACUGAAAGAUGCAUGUGCAUGGCAAGAAUGCAUGCGGGACGUUGGUGGGCGUGGACUGACGGUGUUGUUGUUGUUAGUUGUUGGGCGUGUGGCGACCGACGGGCUGCAGCACCGGCACCGGCUGCUUGUGACAGCUGCGGCCGCCGGUCGGGCAUCGGCCCGUGCACCUCGGUAGGGCUAGCCAGCUUGGGGCCUACAUAUGUUUUGCGAGUCCAAUCAUAACAAAUGCAAAGGACCAUUGUUGUAACACAGCUUGCGC